ACCCACCCCCACCAUGGAAGGCGAGCUGGACAUUGGUCCAUCGUUCACCUCGGCCAUGGAGACCGUACUCGCGGUCAUGGGCCCAAUGGCUGUGGGCAAGUCGGCGCUGACGGUGCGGUACAACUCGGGCCACUUUGUGGACAACUACGAGCCGACGCUCGAGGACUCGUACAGGAAGACCAUUGUGCUGGACGGACGGUCGCUGGUGGUGUACAUCCUCGACACGGCAGGCUCAGAUCAGUUUUCAUACCUUCGAGAUCAGUACCUCAAAAAGGGCCAUGGCUUUAUCUUUGUCUUUUCGCUCACCGCUCGCGCCUCGCUGCUUGAGCUCGACGACUUUAUCCAGCAGCUGCGUUUCUGCCGCGAGUCGGACUCGCUCGACGGCGUCACCGUGCUGGUGGUGGGCAACAAGGCCGAUCUCACUGACCAGCGCGAGGUAUCGGAGGAGGAGGGCCGUGCAAAGGCGGAAGAGCUUGGGUGCGCGUACAUGGAGACGUCCGCCAAGUCGGGCGACAACGUCCGAGAGGCCUUUGAGACCGUCAUCCGCGGCAUUGUCGACAACAGACCCGCCUCCCGCCCGCCGUCCAAAAAGUGGUGCACAUUGUUGUGA